AUGCUGUUCAGUUUCUUACAUACGGCGCUCCUGCUCGCCAGUCUCGGCGGACACUAUUGUGAAGCACAAGGUUUCAAGUAUGACCGCAUGGGUAAAAGGUCCGUGGCCGAACCUCAGCACCAUGCCCGAGACACGGCAGCUCAGAACACCACCGAAAAUCUGGCCUCCCUUGCAAGCGAUAGCAGACCGUUGCCGGCUCUGCCGAUCGGUUUCCGCUUCCUGCCAGUGAUAGCAACAUCUGGCCUUCGGUUGAUGAGGUCUCUUGCGCAGCGGGAGCCUGCUGAAACUCCAAAUAUCGCCACAGCAGGAACGACACCUGAUGAUCUCGGCUUCUUGUCUCUGUCCCAGCAGCUUCAAGUUCAGAUCGACAAUUUGGGCGACGAGGCCUUGUCGGUUACGCAGCACAUUACGAAUCCGGUUUUGACCACUCCCCAAAACGUCCGUAUCACCAUCCAGCUGGACAGCAGGCAUCCCGACUGGCAACUUCUUGCUGGCGUUGUCGGAGGAGGUGACGUCACCAGAGGUAGAGACGAAAUCGGCGGGCUGCUUCGGGACACUUUCGCUCGAUACAUUUUGCACGCUCAGCUCGGUCAGCAAGCCGUCUAUCGCGUGGUGGGCCAGAGUGAACUGCUUGACAACGCUGCGAUAUCGAGUGGCGAGGGUCUCAAUCUAUUUACCGUUACGAUUGUGAAUUUCUUCUGA